AUGUCAACUCAAGAAUAUUCCUUUAUUUCAAGAGAAGCUUUUAAUGAUUUAAUUAAUAAAUUCCUUGAAAAAAAAACACCAGCUAGAUGCUGUAAAACCUUUAUUUUGCAAGAUGACUACGAUCUUAUAAUUGCAUUAGGAACUGAAACAAAUCCAAACACCCAAAUUAUUACUAUUGCUAAAGAUGAAAAUAGGUUGGACUUAAUACAUACAAUAUGUCCAUUUAACCGCCUUUAUGAUACAUUAUGUAAAGUUCAUAUGAGUGUUUUGAAACAUGUUGGGGCAUCUAAAAUGUGGAAUGUUGUAAAAUCAGAUGAUAAUGAUUUAUUGUUGGAUCAAUCAGAAUCAUUAGAUCAAUCUAAAUUACCAACAGUCUUGAAUCGAGAAUUUUCAACACUGAAUCAAUUUGAAUCCUCAACAUCGAAUCAAGUUAAAUCCUUAACAUUGAAUCAAUUUAAGUCCUUAAUACCAAAUCAAUUUGAAUCCUUAACACUGAAUGAUAAUGUUGGUUCACAAGAUUUACCCUUACAAGAAAUUCAAAAUAUUCAAUCACAUCAUCAACUAUCUCGUGAAUAUGCUAACAAUGUUGAUCGAUCUAUCUUGCCUUGCAAAGUAAUUGAGGAAUUGUCUGAUAAAACAUAUCGUUUACAAUGCAAAAGUGGCAUUCUUGAUAUUGUUUAUGGUGUAAAUGAAAUUAUGCCACUGGGGCCAACAGAGUACAAAGAGCUUAAAGUUUGUCAAGAUAAUAUUAUCAGUUUACAAGAGGUCACAAGAAUGCAGUUCACUUCUACUGUAAUCGGUACAAAAUGCAAUUGUAAAGGUGAAUGUAAAAAUAAUUCGUGUAAAUGCAGGCAUUCAAAUUUGGUGUGUGGAAGUGGAUGUCAUCUACAUAGUUACAAAUGUAAAAAUAAAGAAUAA